UAUAUUUAUAACUUUAUGUCAGAUUAUGAGAAGAGUUCCUUUGAGGUUAUCUUUUGAUAUAAUACUAUUUCUUAUUUCUUGAUAAAAAGCAAACAAUUAAAUAUUGCGUUAAACUCUAUAUACUCGUAAUCUCAGUUAAGAAAUAAAAACAAUGGAUUCACUUUCUACUGGUUCUUUGAGCGGGGUUCAGAAAGAGGAACUAAUGGACCAGGUUAAACAGCAAAUAGCUAUCGCUAAUGCUCAGGAACUAUUAACUAAAAUGUCGGAAAAAUGUUUUAAGAAAUGCAUCUAUAAGCCUGGAACUUCCUUGGAUAAUUCGGAGCAGAAGUGCAUAGCGAUGUGCAUGGACAGGUACAUGGACGCCUGGAAUCUAGUAUCUAGGACUUACAGCAGUCGCAUUCAACGGGAAAGGAAUAACAUGUGAAAACAAUCAAAUCGGUUUAUGUUUGUAAAGUGUUAAGCUAACACAGUGCUGUAAAUAUAGAUGUCUCAGUAGUUCCAGAACAUGUUAAAAAUUGUGAGUUGCGACUGUAUGUUGUUAUGUUAAAUAAAGAUAAUUUAGGUUG